UUGAACCGCUCUGUAUCGUUGUAAUCUUCGUCGGACAGAGAGAGAAAGAGAGUCAAGAGAGGUUUUGCCAUGGCGGAGACACCACGUAUGAUCAUCUUCCCGUUCAUGGCACAAGGCCACGCCCUCCCACUGCUCGACCUCGCCAAGAUGCUGUCCUACCAGGGCAUCAAGAUCACCAUUUUCACCACCCCGGCCAACUCCAACUUCAUCCUCCACAAUCUCUCUCAAACGCCAAACGUUGAGCUCGAGGUACUGGAGUUCCCACAUUCUCAGGAUCUGCCUCCUCAUUGCGAGAACACCCACCAGCUCCCCUCCAUGGACCUCUUCCUCCCUUUCCUUCUCGCCACCAAACGCCUUCAACAGCCCUUCGAUCUGUCCCUACAGAAGAUGGUCGACUCUGGCGACGUCGCCGCCGCCGCCGCCGUUCGCCCCCUCUGCAUCAUCUCCGACUUCUUCCUCCCCUGGACCCUCGACUCCGCGUCCAAGUUCGACAUCCCCAGAUUGGUGUUCCAGGGGAUGAGUGCCUACGCCAGCUCCGUCUUGAGGGCGCUUGCUUCGCUCCAGCCUCUUACGAAUGCCCUCUUGGACUCGGAGGUCUUCGAGGUUCCGGGGUUACCCACCAAGGUCCUGCUCACCAAAGCCGAGAUGCCUAAGAUAUCGACUGAUCCUGAUCUUGACUGUAGCGGUCCGCUGCCCGAGCUCAUCUACGAAUGUUACCGAGCAGAGCUGCAGAGCCACGGCGCCAUACUCAACACCUUCCUGGAGCUGGAGCCGCUCUACGUCGCCCACGUGCUGUCCUGUUACUACCGGCAGGGCUGGUGCCUCGGCCCCCUUUUCUUAUUCGACGAGGUGGCGGAAGGGAGACGGGGUGCUGAAAGUCCCCACGUCCGAAGUACGUGCUCGAGUUGGCUGGACGGCCAUGCGGAUCGGCCGGGAUCGGUGAUCUACGCCUCCUUCGGGACGCAAGCACCGGUUUCCGACAGCCAGCAGACGGAGAUCGCGUGCGGGCUGGAGGCCAGCGGCUGCCCGUUUGUGCUCGUAGUCAGGUCGAAAACGUGGUUGGCGCCCGAGGGGCUCGAGGAGCGCCUGGCCGGCAGGGGGCUGGUAUUGAGAGAGUGGACUCCGCAGUGGCUGAUACUGUCCCAUCCGGCCGUCGGCGGUUUCUUGACGCACUGCGGCUGGAACUCGGUCUUAGAGAGCCUCUCGGCCGGGGUUCCCAUGUUGACUUGGCCCAUAAUUGCCGACCAAACUGCGAACCAGAAGAUGGUGGUGGACGAACUGGGCGCCGGAAUCCUGACGGUGGCUCCCAUCGAACGGGUGCGCGUGGGCGUGGUGGAGCGGGAGACGGUGAGGGGAAGAGUGGUGGAACUGAUGCUGGGGGAAGAGGGUCGACGUGCGCGGGCCAGGGCAAUGGAGAUCGGCUGCGCGGCGAAGAGAGCUGUGGGACCGAGCGGGUCCUCUCGAACUAGCCUGAGAUCCAUGAUCGGCCAUCUACGCAGGUGGCCGGAGCUUCCGUACAAUUCCGACGAUGCAGAUUGGGCGGGAUGCCGUGAUGAUCGGCGAUCUACUGAUGCAUACUAAUCUAGA